CAUCCAGGAGCCAGCCAUGACAACAGCAGUGUCCCCUUUAAGCAGAGAGCCGCCCGCUGCAGUGGGUGGACUCAUGCCCAGCCAGUGGGAGCUGUGAGCUCCCCUCCCACAGCCCCUCCCUGGGGAGGACGAGGGAGGGACCAGAGCAGCGUGGCUCCCGAGGGAGUCAGUGGCACUGGGGAGACAAUAGCAGACAUGCUGUGUGGGCUCAGCCGGGAGACCCCUGGAGAGGCGGACGAUGGGCCAUACUCCAAAGCAGGCAAGGAUGCAGGAGGGGCUGAUGUGGCCCUGGCGUGCCGCAGGCAGAGCAUUCCAGAGGAGUUCCGAGGGGUCACCGUGGUGGAGCUGACCAAGAAGGAAGGCAGCACUUUGGGCCUAACCAUCUCAGGGGGCACCGACAAGGACGGCAAGCCCAGGGUCUCCAACCUGAGACCUGGGGGGCUAGCGGCCAGGAGUGACCUGCUGAAUGUGGGCGACUACAUUCGCUCAGUGAACGGGAUCCACUUGACCAGGCUCCGCCAUGAUGAGAUCAUCACUCUGCUCAAGAAUGUGGGCGAGCGCGUGGUGCUGGAGGUGGAGUAUGAGCUGCCCCCGCCCGCCCCUGAGAACAACCCAGGGAUCAUUGCAAAGACAGUGGAUGUCUCCCUCUACAAGGAGGGCAACAGCUUUGGCUUUGUCCUCAGAGGAGGCACCCAUGAAGAUGGGCACAAGUCCCGCCCACUCGUCCUGACCUAUGUGCGGCCUGGCGGCCCCGCCGACAGGGAGGGCUCCUUGAAGGUGGGUGACAGGCUGCUCAGCGUUGAUGGGAUCCCACUGCAUGGUGCCAGCCACGCCACUGCCCUGGCCACCCUGCGGCAGUGCAGCCAUGAGGCACUGUUCCAGGUGGAGUAUGAUGUGGCUGUGCCAGACACAGUGGCCAGCGCUUCAGGGCCCUUGAUCGUGGAAAUAACCAAGACCCCUGGGUCCACCUUGGGGAUCUCACUCACCACCGGCUCCCACCGGAAUAAGCCUGUCAUCACCAUUGACCGCAUCAAGCCAGCCAGCGUGGUGGACAGGAGUGGGGCCUUGCAUGCUGGAGACCACAUCCUGUCCAUCAAUGGCACCAGCAUGGAACACUGCUCGCUGCUCGAGGCCACCAAACUCCUGGCCAGCGUGUCAGAGAAAGUGAGGCUGGAGAUCCUGCCUGCGCCCCAGAGCCGGCGGCCGCUGAAGCCCUCAGAGGCAGUGAAGGUACAGAGGAGCGAGCAGCCACAUCGCUGGGACCCCUGUGUGCCCUCCUGCCACAGCCCUCGGCCCGGCCACUGCAGGACAUCCACCUGGGCCACACCUGCUGGCCAGGACCAGAGCCAAUCCUUGUCCUCAUCUCCCUUUUCCUCGCCGACACUGAACCACGCCUUUCCCUGCACCAACCCCAGCACUCUUCCUCGGGGAUCCCAGCCCAUGAGCCCCCGGACCACAAUGGGGCGGAGGAGGCAGCGAAGAAGGGAGCACAAGAGCUCAUUGUCACUGGCCUCCAGCACGGUGGGGCCAGGUGGCCAGAUUGUGCACACGGAGACCACAGAGGUCGUGCUCUGCGGAGACCCCCUCAGCGGCUUUGGCCUCCAGCUCCAGGGCGGCAUCUUCGCCACUGAGACCCUGUCCUCCCCACCCCUUGUGCGCUUUAUCGAGCCUGACAGCCCGGCGGAGAGGUGUGGGCUGCUGCAGGUAGGGGACCGCGUCCUGGCCAUCAACGGCAUCGCCACCGAGGAUGGGACAAUGGAGGAAGCCAACCAGCUGCUGCGGGACGCGGCGCUGGCCCGCAAGGUCGUGCUGGAGGUGGAGUUCGACGUGGCAGAGUCCGUCAUCCCAAGCAGCGGCACCUUCCACGUGAAGCUACCCAAGAGGCGCGGAGUGGAGCUGGGCAUCACCAUCAGCUCGGCUAGCAGGAAGCGAGGGGAGCCCCUGGUCAUCUCGGACAUCAAGAAAGGCAGUGUGGCGCACAGGACUGGCACCCUGGAGCCAGGUGACAAGCUGCUGGCCAUUGACAACAUCCGCCUGGACAACUGCCCCAUGGAGGAUGCCGUGCAGAUCCUGCGGCAGUGCGAGGACCUGGUGAAGCUGAAGAUCCGGAAGGAUGAGGACAACUCUGAUGAGCAGGAGACCACGGGUGCCAUCAGCUACACGGUGGAGCUGAAGCGCUAUGGAGGCCCCCUGGGCAUCACCAUCUCGGGAACAGAGGAGCCUUUUGAUCCCAUUGUCAUCUCGGGCCUCACCAAGCGUGGUCUGGCUGAGAGGACUGGUGCGAUCCACGUUGGGGACCGUAUCCUGGCCAUCAACAGUGUUAGCCUCAAGGGCCGGCCACUCAGUGAGGCCAUCCACCUCUUGCAGGUGGCUGGUGAGACCGUCACCCUGAAGAUCAAGAAGCAGCUAGACCGCCCCUUCCCACCCCGCAAAUCGGGCAACCUCAGCGAAGCCAGCGAUGUGGAUGAGGACCCCUCAGAGGCACUGAAAGGCAGCCUUCUGGCAGCCCGGUCAUCACCUGCUGUGCCCAGUGUGGACAGUGCUGUGGAGUCCUGGGGCAGCUCAACCACGGAGGGUGGCUUUGGAGGCCCAGGUUCCUACACUACACAGGCAGCCCGGGGCAUGACCCCCCAGGAGUGGAGGUCCAGCCGUCUGAGAAGCAGCCCCCCACCCACGGAGCCCCGGAGGACGAGCUAUACCCCAGCCCCCACUGACGAGAGCUUCCCCGAGGAGGAGGAGGACUGGGAGCCACCAACUAGCCCAGCCCCCGGCCCUGCCCGUGAGGAGGGCUUCUGGCGCAUGUUCGGGGAAGCCCUCGAAGACCUGGAGUCAUGUGGUCAGUCAGAGCUGCUGAGGGAGCUGGAGGCAUCCAUCAUGACGGGCACCAUGCAGAAUGUGGCCCUCGAGGGCAGACCUGGCCCCCAGCCUUGGAGGAGGGGCCGGGAGGUCCAAGCUUCCUCUGAAGAGAUGCAGGAGCUGCUGCUGCCGACACCCUUGGAGAUGCACAAGGUGACGCUGCACAAGGACCCGGUAAGGAGUGACUUUGGUUUCAGCGUCUCAGACGGCCUUCUGGAGAAGGGUGUCUAUGUCCACACUGUGCGCCCAGAUGGGCCAGCCCAACGCGGGGGUCUCCGACCUUUUGACAGGGUCCUCCAGGUCAACCACGUUCGCACGCGGGACUUUGACUGCUGCCUGACAGUGCCACUCCUGGCCGAGGCAGGCGACGUCCUAGAGCUGGUCAUCAGCCGCAACCCACUGGCCCAGAGCAGCCGGACCCCUCGAGUGCCAGGCCCCAGCAGUGCACGGAUGCUCUGAAGUCAGCACGUGGUGUGGAUACCCCAGUCGAUCUUGGCUCCAAGACCUGUAGCCAGGCUGGACAAGUGGCCACCUGCUCAUCCACCUGCCUGUCCAGCAGCCUCUGAGCAUGGCCCGGACCUUCCUCUCCAGUUCUUUGGUAACGGGGGGCUGGGCCCAGGAGGAGUGACAAUGAGGUCUUUUUCUGUGGGGCCCCCAAGAUGCCUGGGGAGCUGCCCACUGAGGGUGAAGACAGGCCGCUUAGGUGGAAGUAGAGGGGCGGUCCCCAGGGCCUCCUGGAAAGCAUGUCUGGUGUGGAGAGCCUUCUCCCAGCAGAGCUGUGGAGCUGGAGUGAGCUGCCAGGGAGAUAAGCCCCUGACCCAGGAGGAGAGCAUCUAGAAGUCAACAUCCCUGGGCAGUCAUGGGCAGAGGGGUGUGGCAUCCUGUUGAUUGGUCACCCCGGCUCAGUUUACCUUCUUCCUGAGGGAGUAUUUAGGGUUACACUGGGGGCUACUUCAUCUCAAUGGCCUCGCCAGGAAGGACCUGCUCAGGGUAGGAACCCAGCCCCUUCCCAUCUCCAGAUUCUGGUAUUCAGUACUUGCCAGCAUCCCCACUUCGGCAACUCGGAGCAGGGGGUGUCUGGAAUCCCAGGAAGCAUUGGCCCUUUGAGGUUUGAAGCCUCUGUGGUCUGAGCUUGCAGUUCUGGGCCAUCGGGCAGGCUCAGUGUCAGGUUCUGGGCUGUUGGCCCCACCUGCUGCUAUUGUAGGACAUGUGGUCACUGACCCGUAUGAGAACCCCUGUCUCAGCCCAGGACCCUCGAUGUGGGAGGGAGUCAUUUUGGGACAAAAGAUCCAGGGGUUUCCACUCAUGUGCCAUUACGGUGAAAAAUGGGAAAACCAUAGAAAUAUGACAUGUGAGAUGGUAUAGCUCCUCGCCAGUGCCCUGAUCAGCGAAAGGGGGAGAGAGAAGCAGAGGUGGAGAGAUGGAAGGCCAUUCUCUCUCACGCCCAGCAGCUAGUGUCCAAAGUGGUCAUUCAAGGAAGCUGAUUCCCACCUGAAAUCUGGAAGCACCAGCAUCCCUUAAAAUCGUCUUUAUUUUCUGUGCCCAGAAACCCUUUUGGUUUUGAGAAGGGCAUGGGCCUCCACCUGGUGGUCUGGGCUGUGGCCCCUGGGAUGGAGGUGGGCAGGCGGGAUUCAGCCCAGUGUGGGGACUUGCUUUGCCCUGUCUAGCUCUUAACAAGGUCUCAGGAAAACAGGGGGCGCCCAUUCCCACCUGCAUCCCCUCCACCCCUGUAUCCCGGAAAAAUGCUCUUCCAUUUGCGGGACUGGAUGGGGAGUUGAGAGGUCUGUUCCUUUCCUCUGGAUCAGUGCUCAGUUGCUGAGUACACCCCUCUGGACUGACCCCCUCUGGACAUGCAAGGGGUGGACAGCCUGAGAAGGCAGAACCAUCUCUGCCUGCUGAGGUCCACUUGGCACCCUGCCCCAUUCCCCACCCCCUACCCCUCUGCACCCUCCCUUUAUGCCAUGGCUGGUCCGCCCAAUGCCUCUGCUGUCUUGGAUUCCUGUGUAAAUGUCUGCCCCAGGGUGAAAGGGCGCUGCCCCCUGUCACAAGGGGCACCAAGAAAAAGCCAAGAGCCCUCUGCUUGGGGGAGGAGGGGACAGUAUAGCAGAGACAUGGACAGGGUGGAUUCACCUGUGUGACCUUAGGCAAGUGGCCCUGCCUCUCUGGGCCUCUGUCAAGUGACAGGGCUAGACAGGACACACUCCUUGGGCCUCUUGGCUCAGGAAAGUGUGCUCGCCUUCAGGAGAAGAAAUAUGCAUCUUUACCCCGACCCUGACCAGCGCUCCCUGCCUCCUCGGGCCGAGGCCUUGGCUGUUCCCCCAGAUGUAUGCAACCAGGCCUGUGGGUGGAUCUCCUGGCCACGGCCAGCCUUCUCAUAUGCAAUAUUCCUCCCAGCUUCUCAUGGGGAUUUUCCAUCCCAGAAGUGAUGUUUCCUAACACCUGUCCCCGGUGAGCGUCCAGCCUGCCUAUGCAUUUUGGGUACAGCCCCUGCAACAUGCCCCUUCCACCCUGUAAAAGCUGUAUUUUUCUCUGGCUGAGUUGAGAGCAUAUUCCUUGUAAAGUAUUUUUCUACAUGGGGUUUUCUUAGGGCUCUCGGGAAGCACAACAUGCCGGGGGCGGGGGGGAGCAGCAUUGCAAAGGCCAUUUGGAUUCUGUUUGGGGCCCUCACUCUGCCCCACCAGUGGUUGCAAUGA